AUGUUGAUUUUUGUGAAUGCUGAUUGAUAUUGAUGUGGAUGUCUUGUAUGGAUAUGGAAUGUGUUGGAGUAAUAUUUAGCUGUGGCUUUACACGAAUUUGCAGGCUUCACUGAAGUGAGAGUGACAGAGGAUAAUGGAGAAAGGUAAAGGGAGGAAGGAGGAGGUGGUUACAAGGGAGUACACUAUCAAUCUCCACAGGCGUCUCCAUAGCUGCACAUUCAAGAAGAAGGCACCAAAUGCCAUAAAGGAGAUUAGGAAGUUCUCAGAGAAAGCCAUGGGAACAAAAGAUGUAAGAGUUGAUGUGAAGCUCAACAAGCAAAUAUGGAGCAAAGGAAUCCGAGGUCCCCCGAGGAGAAUCAGAGUGCGUGUUGCCCGCAAGAGGAACGACGAUGAAGAUGCAAAAGAAGAGUUUUACUCACUCGUCACUGUGGCUGAGAUCCCAGCUGAAGGUCUAUCUGGUUUGGGAACCAAAGUCAUCGAGGAAGACGAGUAGUAGUAAACCUUAUCUGACAAUAGCUUCCUUGUUUCAUCCCUUUCCUAAUUAUUUAUAUGGAAAGACAAUACACUUCAUCAUUCAAGUUAUACAGUCACUUUCUAUAUGGAUUUAAAUGAUUUAAUCUACGAAUAGAAAAUCCCUGAUUGAGUUAA